GAUCACAAGGAAUCAGAAAACCCAGAAAUCCACACACACAGGCUUUAGCAAGCCGUGUGUGAAGGUGUGUCUGGUCUGUGAUUGUUAUUAAUUCCUUCACUAGACCUCCUAGUUAAAUUAACCUUUUAAUAAAUGUCACACUCGCUCAAGGUUUUUUUUGUUUUCACUCUCUUGUUCCUUGCUGUGGUUGAAGCUAAACACAAAAAGAAGCACAAACACAAAAUCCGCCAUGGUCCUAAACCAUUUCUUCCCCUGAUCCCACCCUUUGGUUCUGAUGAGCUUCCACCCGUUCCCCAGCUCCCGCCCAUUUUCGAGCCCCCAUCCAAUAUUCCCCAGCUCCCACCCUUUCCCUUGAAGCAAGAUGGAGAAGAAGGACAAGGGGUUGAAAAUACUCAGCAAGAUGCAAAAGAAGGGAUUGAAAAUAAACUUUUCGAAGUAACGUCCAUUGGACACUGGGAGAUAAUUUCUGAAAAUGCAGGUGUGUCAGCCAUGCACAUCAACUUGUUACCCACAAACAAGAUCAUUGUCUACGAUGCCAAAGUUUACCGCACCUCAAGAAUCAAAUUACCCGAUGGAGUGCCAUGUGUUCCAUACAGAGAUAUGGGGGGUCAAGAAGACAAACUCGAUUGUUUUGCUCAUGCCGUGGAAUAUGACAUUGAGACUAACCAAGUUAGGCCACUCCAGAUAACAGCUGGAGAUCCGUGGUGCUCCAGCGGAGGGGUUGCACCUGAUGGUACCUUUGUGAGUGCUGGUGGUUUUGACACCGGAGCAAGAAGCGUUAGAUAUAUGGGUCCUAAUUGCCAAAAUUGUGAAUGGAGGGAAUACGACAACAUAUUCGGAGCAGACAGAUGGUAUGCAACUCAACAAAUCCUUCCAAACGGAGAAUUCAUUUUGGUAGGAGGGCGUAGAUCAUUCAGCUAUGAGUUCAUCCCAGUAGAAGGCCAAAGGGGCGAGAAACCCUACUUUUUCCCAUUCUUAUACGAAACUUCAGACAUAGAUGAGAACAAUCUCUACCCUUUUGUGCACCUUUCCACAGAUGGAAACCUCUUCAUCUUCUCUAACAAUCGUUCCCUUCUUCUGAACCCCACCACCCACAAAAUUGUUCGCACCUUUCCCGUCUUACCCGGUGGCUCCCGCAACUACCCUGCCUCUGGCAUGUCUGCCCUUCUCCCCAUCAACCUUAACGACCCCGCCACCGCCACCAAGGCUGAGGUCAUGGUUUGUGGCGGCAACCUUCCCGAUGCCUUCCAUAUUGCCGAGACUACCAAAAUCUUCCUCCCAGCUCUUCGAGACUGCAACAGGUUAACCAUUUCGGAGCCAUUUCCUGAGUGGGAGAGCGAGUUGAUGCCUUCAGGGAGAACAAUGGGAGACCUUUUGGUCCUCCCCAAUGGGGACCUCUUGCUCAUCAAUGGUGCAACCAUGGGUACGGCUGCAUGGUGGGAUGCUGACUUGCCUAACUACACGCCCGUGUUGUACAAACCCGAGGACCCUAAAGGGUUGAGGUUUACGGUGCUUAAGCCAAGCCAAAUUGCGAGAAUGUACCACUCCACUUCCACGGUGCUUCCCAGUGGAAAGAUUUGGGUUUCUGGAAGCAACACCCACAAUACCUAUAGGGAUGUGGAUAAGUUCCCAACUGAGACAAGAGUUGAAGCUUUCUCUCCUCCUUAUUUGGACGCCAACUUUGACAAGUAUAGGCCACAAAUUGACGAGGAUGCUUCGGAGAAAGAGUUGGCGUAUGGUGGUUUGUUUGAGGCAAGUUUCUCGGUGGAAGAUGGAGCUGAGUUAACCAAGAAUAACAUUAAGGUGUCCAUGUAUUCUCCACCCUUCACUACUCAUGGCUUCUCUAUGGGACAGAGGCUUUUGUUUCUCAAGAUUGACGAGUUAAACGUACAAGGCCAAGAAGGGUCUUACAGGGUUAGAGUGGAGGCGCCUCCAUCCAAUGCCAUAGCUCCUCCUGGAUACUACUUGCUCUUCGUCGUUUACCGUGGCUUGCCUGCAGCCAAGGGAAUGUGGGUGCACAUUCAAUAGAGAUUUUCUAAUUCUUCAUUUAAUUUGUAUGCUCAAUCGAAAUUCUAAUUUAUUAGAAAAGACUUUAGUUUCUAAUUACUAUACAUUAUUAUUGCACGGGUAAUGCUGCUUAUUAGUAUGUGUUUUGAACUAGGUUA